GAACAGAUCCCUUUCUUCCUCACGACUCCUGGAUUUUUAUAAAUUACACCCCCGAAAGAUUUCUUCUCUCACAAUCCAGUCCUCGAACUCGAACCCAGCCAUGGCGACCAAGCAGAGCCUCCUCCUCCUCCUCGCCCUCCUCGCCGCCGCCGCGGCCGUCGCCUCCGCCGUCACCGACGUCGAGUACUGCAAUAAGGGCAAGAAGUACCCGGUGAAGGUGAGCGGCGUGGAGAUCGUGCCCGAUCCGGUCGCCCGCGGCGAGCCCGCAACCUUCAAGAUCUCCGCUUCCACUGAUAAAACUAUCGGUAAAGGGAAGCUGGUUAUUGAUGUGAAAUACUUCUUCUUCUAUGUCCACUCGGAAACUCGUGAGCUCUGUGAUGUGACUUCCUGCCCGGCAAGUGGUGACUUCUUGGUAGCUCAUCAGCAAACCCUGCCAUCAUACACUCCACCAGGCUCUUACACCAUCACCAUGAAGAUGCUGGGUGAUAACGAUGAGGAGCUGAGCUGCAUCUCGUUCGGGUUCAGCAUCGGUUUCGCUGCAUCAGAAGCCACCAUCUGAAUGCAUCCAGAGGCAGAAUUCAGAAAUAUCACACCAUGGAUGUAAUUACAAAAGCACCUAUGUAUCUUAGAUCAUAGAACUCAAAUACAAUGCGCAUCUGCCAACACAUUGUGUUCAACUAAGACGUUUUAUCCAGAGUUGAACAUACAAUAAAAACAUCACUCACUAGUGUACCUAACUCCGUUUAGCUGUUGAAAUGUGUUGCAUUGCAUGUUGAAUUGAGCCUGGAUGCAUCUUGAUCUUGAGAAAAAAUUCCUGAACUUUUGAGGUG